UUCAGCCUAAGUUAGAUUAUAGAUCAAUGGUGUCGGUUGAAGACAUGCCAGAAUUGUUUGUUUCCUUUGAUAAAUUAAUUCCAACGCCUGCACGAUCUUGCGAGGAUCCUCCAUUAUACUUGAGGCUUAGAAUGGGAAAACCAUUGGACAAACCAAUACCCAAAUCUACUCCGCUCAUGUCGUAUGGUAAAAAGAAGAUGAGACCAGAGUAUUGGUUCAGUGUUCCCCGUAACAGAGUUGAUGAUCUCUAUAAUUUUAUUCAGGCCUGGUUUCCUCAACUGUACGGAGAAAUUGAUGAAGAAGAAAUUAAAAGUCGAGGAUUUAUGCUGAUCGAAAACGAGACUGAACUUUGGAGCCCGGACUCUACUCCUUCGACAAGCAGACACGGGAGUCAAGGAGAUGUACCGGAAUUUACAAAAGAAAGUUGGGAGGUUUUGCCAAUGUCAAAUGAUGUCCGGAAAGCUCUAGCAAGUGCCGCACAUCCUUCAAUAGACGUGGAACUUGCGCCCCCGGAAUUGAUAGGCACUACGGAAAUUCUAACGGAAGAGCACCGUCUCGCCUUGUACCAUCACUUACCUGCAAGGGCUGAAGGCUACAAUUGGACGCUUGUAUUCAGCACUAGUCAACACGGCUUCAGCUUGAACUCUAUGUAUAGGAAAAUGUACAAAUUAGAAUCGCCAAUUUUACUUCUUAUUCAAGACACCGACAAUAACGUGUUUGGUGCGUUGACAUCAUGCGCCUUUCAAGUGUCUGACCAUUUUUACGGCACCGGGGAAUCCCUGCUAUUCACUUUCGUUCCUCAUUUCCAAGUGUACAAUUGGACAGGUGAAAAUCUCUACUUUAUCAAGGGUAACAACGAAAGUUUAAGUAUUGGAGCCGGCGAUGGGAAAUUUGGUUUAUGGCUAGAUGGCGACCUCUAUCUGGGCCGUUCGGAAGCUUGCAAAACUUAUGGGAACGACCCGUUGACGCCCACCGUCGAUUUCGUUGUAAAAACGCUCGAGUGCUGGGCAUUUAUUUAAACAAUUAGCUGAAAUUCAUUCCCCAUCGAAGUAAAAGUAAUUUCAUCCCACACAUGUUCAAGUUACUGCAUUUGACCAGGUAAAUUAUUAUACUGACAUUUUUUCCUCUCUUUAUCGGUUCGAAUAGUUGUCCUUUGGAUUCUGUGUAUUAUUAUGACAAAUUUCAAAAAUCCGAGGCUGUUCUGAUAUAUAUUUGGAAAAUCCAAUAUAAAAGAUGAGAAGGAAGUGGUGUGGCCAAUAUUACUAACAAUAACACAAUUAAACAGAUUAUCAUUUUUAAAUAAGUUCAAUUUAAAUUUAUUUUUAUUUUAAUCAGCAUAGACAAGCACACUAAAAUCAAAAAGCGUAAAUUAAUGUUCUUGAGGCUUGAAAUCAUCAAGGCCUAAAAAUAUGAUAAAAUACGCUCAAAAUGCCAAUCAUUGAUAAUUUUUAUUCCUAAUGAAAACUUUUUCCCAAAAUUCUA